GGAAGAUUGGCCUAACUCUUGGCUAGAGUUUGUAGGAAACUUGAAGCUUAUUAUUGGUUACCAGGCGCUUGAGACAGCUACGUACAUACAAGAUAUCAGCAGUGAGGAACUUAAACAUGGAAGGGUAAUGAUUUUGAUGGCUCUCUGUACACGAUUUAGGUACCAGAAAUGUAAAGGCUCUAAAAAUAUGGGGUGACCGAUGAAAAUCCUUCAAACGUGUCUUCUGUUAAGACAGAAUCUUGGUGGCCAUACUGGAUCAUACAGUUUUCACACUGUGAUUCGUCUCUGAACCACCAGAGGUAAUCUCGAGAUUGUUAUUGGAUUUUGGAGAAUUGGUCUAGACGAUAUGACAUGGCCAUAGAAGAUGUGGACGAUGCGGACGAAGAGGAUCCCGAGGAGAUUGCAAUGGAAUGUUCAAUAUGCUACGCUAGUUAUGACAACAUCUUCAAGACGCCAAUGCUACUUCCAUGUUUACACACUUUCUGCAUGGAGUGUCUGUCCAGACUUUGCCUCUUCCUCAAACAAUCACAAAGCUUCCCUUGUCCCCUGUGUCGGACCUUAGCUCAAAUCCCCUUUGGUGGGGUUCCUAAAAUGCAGCCCAACCUGGACUUUGUCUCCAAGUUUCCCCAUGACAUGCGGAACCUACAGGAUGUGUGGCUGGAUGGACACAAGCUGUGCUCGGUGAGGAAGGAUGGUGGCGAUCAGAGUAAAGGCUCCCUGGUGACAGUUCUCCUCAUGCCAAGCCUUGUAGGUCCAUCACAACAGGACAGUGUGGUCUCUGUCAACCAACAUCUGUGUCGGAGCUUCUGGCACAGCAUUUGGGGCCUUGGUUUUGUAAUCUUCAUGUGUGGGCUGAUCCUAUUUACGGUGGUAUUUUUACCACUUUAUAUGAAGAGUACAUGAAAAGAAUUAUUGUUCUUAUAUGGAUGCCAUCACCUAUUCUGGAUCCUGGACGUGAACAUUUUAAGAAACUUGCCAUACACAGCAGACCGGAUUGGCUGGCAUUGCAUGGACAUUGGUACCAUCUCAUUAUAAACUCCAAAAGGCAGAACACUGCUCCUGUCAAUUCAUAGAUAAUACACUCAGGGUAAUAAUUCACUCAAGGAUAAAUUCCUAGGAAUAUGAAGUGAAUUUCAGAAUUUAGGUUUAUUACAGAGGGAUCAGAGCCCCAGUUUAUCACAGGUUAUUACAUCAGGAAACUUGCUGUAGAUUUAUAACGAUCCCAGAAUUCUAGAUUUAGAACAGCAGAAGUCAUUUAGACAUCACCGUUAUACUCUGAGCUUCAUGUUAUGUGAAAAUAUGGUAGAAUUGUAAUUUAAAUUGGAAUGAAGGCAGGAUUGCUGUAUGUAGAACAGAUAAUGGAUGUAUAAUUCUGAUUCUCUUUACAAAUGCAGAUUAUAUUUCAAAGUUACUAUGAAUGCCAUAAGAACUGUGAAUCUGCUGCAAGGUU